ACAAAAUUUAGCUUAAAAAAGUAUUGAGCAUCUUCAUGAAAACGAGAUUGAAAUGCAUCUUGAUUUCCAAUCAGAUAAAAGUUGUGAGUUAAGGAUGCUAGAAAAUUGCGGUUCUGAACAAUGGGAAGUCGAGAUCACAAAAAUCAUAGUUAUUGGUGAAACGGAUGAACAAGUGGUGGCGAUCCUCAAAGGAUCACCCUCAGUCCUUUCAACCACUAGUGCUGCUAGAGUUUUGUUCUGAUAGGAUCUUCAAAACAUUGAUCAGCGCUCGUAGCCUAUCCCAUAUGUUCAGGCCAUAGAGAGCUUCCACAAGAGACUGCUGGAACUCAAAGCCAUUCUCCCCAACAGGAUACUAUUAACAGCCAAGAGUCUAAGUAUCAGUAAUUCCAGCAUAUCAUGAUUAUGCAGGUUUCUGCUUUCACCCCCUCCCCUGGUUCAAGCAACAAAGCAGAACCUCAGGUUUCCAUGUUGUGAGUUUUUACAUUCUUUAAAAACAAUCAAGUGGAUACAUUUAUUAUUAAACAAACUCUUCUAAAGAGCAUCGAUGCCUUUCUGCUUGUCUUGAUUUCUUUUCUUUUAUUCUUUUAUAUUUUCACACACGUUUCCUUGGGACAAAUUUCUGUAAUAAAAGGUAAAGAACUGUCACUAAAUUCUUGGAUUUGCUCUCAAGUAAUCAGUUUAACUUUAUUUUGAAUAGAGCCACACGCUUUCUGCAACAGUUUCGAGGAUGCCUUUCUGCUUGGAAUGCAAACACUAAUAAUCUAUUCCUUUCAUUCACCAAGUCAUUUGGAUUCUUUUAUAUCUCGCGAGUAUGGUCUAUAUAUACUAAACUCAACAUUAUAGCAAAUGAAUACCUUUUACUUUGGCAUCUGGUAGUGGCCGAGUAAACACCAUAAGGGCUAGGUCAGCUUCUCCUUGUUGGAAGUAAUUCCUCGAGAAACUCUACAGCCACAACAGCAAGUAUCAAAAAAAAAUCUGCUACCUGUCAAGAAACCGAUAGUCUCACCAGUUGUAGAGGAGACAUUUUCACAAAGCUGCAAUUGCAGGUUGCUUUGAGUUCAUUUGACCAUGGAGAUUUCCGAUUCAUCUGCAAGGCAGACGCGAAACGGAGACCAUAUUUCAAUUGACAUCAGGCAUGGCGACCAUCUCUUAGCUUCUAUCAGAAGAAAAAUGGAGACGAUUUCUUGUUCGCAUUCCAUUUGCAGGGUCAAGGAAAACAUUCGCAAUGCAAAUAAGAAGGCAUACAUCCCUGACAAAGUUUCAAUUGGUCCAUACCACCAUGGCAAGCAAGGAUUGGAAACCAUGGAAGAGCACAAGUGGCGGUACAUGGAUGCACUCCUCAGUCGAAAGCCAGACCUGGAAGCAUCCCUGGAUGAUUGUCUCACAGCUCUAAGGGAGGUGGAACAUAGAGCACGUGCAUGCUAUGAAGAAGAGAUCAACGUCACAGAUGAUGAAUUCCUGCAAAUGAUGUUAGUUGAUGGUUGUUUCAUCAUUGAACUCUUCCUGAAGUACUCUAUAAAGAGUUUAAGACGCCGCAAUGAUCCUGUAUUCACCACUCCUGGAAUGCUCUUCGAUUUGAGAUCCAAUUUGAUGUUACUAGAAAAUCAAAUUCCCUUAUUCAUUCUUCAAAGACUAUUUGAAGUGGUCCCAACUCCUAAACAAUGCACGCAUUCCCUCGCCACGCUCGCCUUUCAUUUCUUCAAGUAUAUGAUUCCAGGAGAUCCACAAAUCCAUCAGCAGAAGUUUAACCAGGAAGGGAACCAUAUACUCGACUUAAUCUGCCACUGUCUGCUUCCAAGAUACCCAAGAGUGCCGGGAACCAAGUCAGAUCAGAAACAUUUUCGUUGCGCAACAGAACUCCAAGCUGCAGGAAUUAGGAUCAAGAGGGCCAGAACAAAAAACUUAUUGGACAUAAAGUUUGUCAGCGGGGUCCUUGAAAUCCCAAAUGUACUAAUCCAUCAAUACACGGAAAGUCUCUUCAAGAAUCUCAUUGCGCUAGAGCAUUGUUCAGGUGACAGUGUGCAACACAUCACCUCCUACGUUUUUCUCAUGAAGAGCCUAAUUGGAAGUGACGAAGAUGUGAAGUUACUUAAAAAAAAAGACAUCCUCACAAACUAUGAUGUCAACGAGAAAGAGGUUGCUAAACUGUUUGAGAAGUCAUGUGAGGAGGUGAAUUUGAAUGAAUCUUAUUAUGAUGGGUUGUUUGAACAAGUGAAAGGGCAUAAAAGCACCAGGAAGACUUGGCAUCUACGGUCUGAGGAAUUUAAGCGAAGUUAUCGUAGAAACCCAUUACACUCUUGUACAUAGCCAUAAAUUUUACUCUUGUACAUAGCCAUAAAUUUUACACAGGCAAACUUCAAAAACCCAUUACACGACCGACGAAGAUCCCAACAGAAGAAAGCUUCCAUAUAUCUUGAUUACAAAUAAAUCAAAGCCCAUAAAUAAAUGAGAGAUUUAAAAAACAAGUUAGGUGGGUUUAGUGGAUUUGAGUUUUGAUGCAGGGGGGAUACACGGUGAUAAGAACGUUGAAGGAGGACCCAAGACAGGGUGGAUUAGAGUUUCCACUGAGGCUGCUCUCCGACGUUAGUCUCGAUUCUCGCGUGGCGUAGAAAAGACUAGACUCCCGGCCCUCCCCGAGUGAAAGUUGCCACUUGGCCAGAUGAUCUGUUUAUUUUUCGCUUACAGAGCGUGCGGCUGUGCACGGUUGUCUCGCACCGAAUUACGGGUGAUAAUUGUGUAUUUGACUAACUAACCUAGAUUAAUUAAUUUUAAUUUAGAUUGAUUUAUUAUAUUAUUUCUUAA